CGGUUUAAACGUGGUGCAACUUGACAGCUUGCAAACAUGGCGAGCUUGGCGGAUGUCAGUUGGAAACUGCUGGAAUUCAAAGCCCGGUCUAAAAGAUCAGAUUUGUGAUUUAGCCGAGCGAGCGAGAGAGAGAGAGAGAGAGAGAGUGGCCUUAAUUGCACCUUUUGAGAAUGGCUGCCAUAAACCGGUCUCCUCCCAAAGUUCAAAGACUGGGAUCCAUCUAUGAGCCUCUCAAGCUGUCCAUCCUCCAGCGAGAGGAUGAGCCCAUGUGGGAGAAACUGGACCGCUACUACAAUGCCGUCAAGACCACCAUCCUCAACUACCAGAGUCCCACCACCGGCCUGUUCCCUGUCAAGACCUGUUCCACCUGCAAAGAGGCCAGAGUGCGGGACUCCUUGUACUGUGCAGCAGGAGCGUGGGCGCUGGCCAUGGCCUACCGCCGCAUCGACGACGACCUGGGGCGCACACACGAGUUGGAACACUCGGCCAUCAAGUGCAUGCGAGGCAUCCUCUACUGUUACAUGAGACAGGCAGACAAGGUGGAACAGUUCAAACAGGACCCCAGCCCCUCCAAGUGUCUCCACUCCAUGUUCCACGUGGACACGGGCGAUGAGAUCCAGGACUACAGCCAGUAUCACCACCUGCAGAUCGACGCCGUGUCUCUGUUCCUGCUCUACCUGGUGGAGAUGAUCUGCUCGGGCCUGCAGAUCAUCUACAACACCGACGAGGUGGCUUUCAUCCAGAACCUGGUGUUCUGUGUGGAAAGAGCCUACAGGGUGCCAGACUACGGCAUGUGGGAGCGAGGCAGCAAGUACAACAACGGCAGCACGGAGCUGCAUUCAAGUUCUGUGGGUUUGGCCAAAGCUGCUCUGGAGGCCAUCAAUGGAUUCAACCUGUUUGGGAACCAGGGCUGCUCGUGGUCGGUGAUCUUCGUGGACCUGGACGCCCACAACAGGAACCGACAAACCCUUUGCUCCCUGCUGCCCCGAGAGUCUCGCUCCCACAACACAGACGCCGCCUUGCUGCCGACCAUCAGCUACCCGGCCUUCGCCGUGGACGACGACGCCCUCUGCAGUCAGACGCUGGACAAGAUCGUCCGCAAGCUGCGGGGCAAGUACGGCUUCAAGCGCUUCAUCCGCGACGGGUACCGCACCACCAACGAAGACCAGGAGCGCCGCUACUACAAACCCGCAGAAAUGAAGCUUUUUGACGGCAUCGAGUGCGAGUUCCCCAUAUUUUUCAUCUUCAUGAUGAUUGACGGUGUGUUCAGAGGUAAUCGGGCUCAGGUGAAAGAGUACCAAGACCUCCUUGAACCCAUCAUCUUUCAGUCCUACGAAGGCCACGCCGUGGUUCCCAAGUACUACUACGUGCCCGCCGACUUUGUGGAGGCGGAGCAAAACCAGCACGGCAGCCAGAAGCGUUUCCCCAGCAACUCUGGACGUGACGGCAAACUCUUCCUGUGGGGCCAAGCCCUCUUCAACAUCGCCAAACUGCUAGUGGACGGGCUGAUCAGCCCCAAAGACAUCGACCCCAUCCAUCGCUACGUCCCCGGCCAGGACCAACGCAACGUCAGCAUGAGAUACUCCAACCAGGGUCCCAUCGACAACGACGUGGUGGUUCACGUGGCGCUGAUAGCCGAGAGCCAGAGAUUGCAGGUGUUUCUGAAUACUUACGGCAUCCAGACUCAGACGCCGCAGCAGGUGGAGCCCAUUCAGAUCUGGCCUCAGAAGGAACUUGUGAAGGCGUACCGCUUCCUGGCCGUCAAUAAGAAGCUGGGCCUGAGUGGGCGUCCAGAUCGACCCGUGGGCUGCAUCGGCACCUCCAAGAUUUAUCGCAUCCUCGGCAAGACGGUGGUGUGCUACCCGAUCGUCUUUGAUGUGAGCGACUUCUACCUGUCCCAGGAUGUGAUGCUGCUGAUUGACGACAUCAAGAACGCCUUGCAGUUCAUCAAGCAGUGUUGGAAGAUGCAAGGCCGGCCUCUCUUCCUGGUCCUCAUCCACGAGGACAACAUCAAGGGGAGCCGCUUCAAUCCGGUCCUGGACAUGCUGGCUUCCUUCAAGAAGGGCAGCAUUGGGGGGGUCAAAGUUCACGUGGACAGACUCCAGACGUUGAUAUCAGGAGCCGUGGUGGAGCAGCUGGACUUCCUGCGGGUCAACGAGGCCGAGAUCCCGGAGUUCAGGAGCUUCGAGGAGCUGGAGAUGCCCAAACACUCCAAGGUGAAGCGUCAGACCAGCACGCCCAACGCCUCCGACCUGGAGCAGCAGCCCGAGAUCAGCGUGGACGAGUGGCUGCUCAAGUCCACCCACGAAGUCCUCCAGAAGUUCCACGACUGCAACUGCUUAGCCAGCCAGGCUCAGCUUGCCGGCAUCCUGAUCCAGAGGGAAGGGCCACACUUUCUGGAUAAAGAUGAGCGAAACACAAACACCAAGACUUUGAUGGACGAGCUGGAGAGGAUCUACAGGAGAGCUGGCAGCAGGAAGCUUUGGCUGGCGGUGCGUCACGCCGCCGCCGUUAUCAAGAAGUUCGCCAGCUCUAUCGCGCCUAACAUCACCUCCAUACUGGUGCACGGGAAGCAGGUGACCCUGGGCGUGUUCGGCCGCGAGGAGGAAGUGAUCUCCAACCCGCUGUCGCCCGGCGUGAUCCAGGGCAUCAUCUACAGCAAGUGCUGCCCACCAGGGGGCGAGCGCGAGGCGGUCCUGCAGCAGGAGCUGGUCAUCCACAUCGGGUGGAUCAUCUCCAACAACCCCGAGCUCUUCAGCGGCAUGCUCAAGAUCCGAGUCGGGUGGCUGGUGCAGGCCAUGAAGCAGGAACUGAAGGUGCGGGCGGGGGACAUGUGCCCCCAGGACAUCUACCAGCUGUCCCCCAGCGACAUCAAGCAGCUCCUGCUGGACGUCCUGCAGCCUCAGCACGCCCGCAGGUCCUGGCUCCACCGCCGGCAGAUCGACGGCUCCUUGAACCGAACCCCGCUGGGCUUCUACGACCGGGUCUGGCAGAUCCUGGAGAGGACGCCCGGCGGGAUCCUGGUCUCCGGGACGCACCUUCCGCAGCAACCCACGCUGUCGGACAUGACCAUGUACGAGAUGAACUUCUCCCUGCUGGUGGAGGACACGCUGAAGAGCAUCGUCCUGCCCGAGUACAGACAGGUGGUCGUCGAGCUGCUGAUGGUGGUCUCCAUCGUGCUGGAGAGGAACCCCGAGCUGGAGUUCAGCAGCGAGGUGGACCUGGACGCUCUGGUGAAGGACGCCAUGGCCGACUUCCAGAAGGACGACUUGGAGAAGCGGGACAUCAAGCAGGCCUUCUUCAACACGGCCCCGGUGGGCCAGAGGAGCACCUCCAGCUACCUGACCAAGGCCGUCCUGGUCCAGCUGCUCAGGGGCGACGUCAAACCCUGCAAGGACGACCCCUGCUCUGUCAGCUAGCUGCUUAGCUUAGCCGCUAGCUUGAUGGCGCUAGUCGCGCUCAUCCUUCGCCCGGAUUUGAGGCGGAAGCUGUUAGCAUAAACAAGCUACAUGCUAGCGGGCGUGGCGCCAUUUUGUUUUCUUGUCUCGUCGUAGCGCCGUUAGCUAAUAAAGCUAGCCUAAAUUUCUCCAAGUCAGUUGGGCCAGUUUAACAUAAAGAAAUUAAAAUAUCGACAAGCUCUUAAAAACCCAGAAACAUAUUUGUAAACACUGCGACUGCUAGUAGCUAGCGCGAUAAACACUUGUCGUUUAGCAGCCAUCUUGGAAAGGUACUGAGCUAGCUUCUAAAGGUUUGUUGAUUCUAUCUCAAAAUAAUGUUUUGCCACAUUUUUUUGUCACGAAUCAGCUCCUCCAACUAGCAUUUUUAGUGGCAACGACAAGCUAAAUGCUAACGGGCGUGGCACCAUUUAGUUUCUUGUCUCAUUGUAGCGCAGUUAGCUAAUAAAGCUAGUCUAGUUAACUCCAAGUUAGUUGGCCUAGUUUAGCAUAAAGAAAUUAAAAUAUCGACAAGCUCUUAAAAACCCAAAAACAUAUUUGUUUGUAAACACUGCGACUGCUAGUAGCUAGCGCGAUAAACGCUUGUCGUUUAGCAGCCAUCUUGGAAAGGUACUGAGCUAGCUUCUAAAGGUUUGUUGAUUCUAUCUCAAAAUAAUGUUCUGCCACAUUUUUUUGUCACGAAUCAGCUCCUCAACUAGCAUUUUUAGUGGCAAUGACAAGCUAAAUGCUAGCGGGCGUGGCGCCAUUUUGUUUAUUGUCUCGUCAUAGCACAGUUAGCUAAUAAAGCUAGUCUAUUCAACUCCAAGUUAGUUGGCCUAGUUUAGCAUAAAGAAAAUAAAAUAUCAACAAGCUCUUAAAAACCCGAAACAUAUUUGUUUGUAAACACUGCGACUGCUAGUAGCUAGCGCGAUAAACUCUUGCCGCUCCGCAGACAUCUUGGAACGGUUUUUAACUAGCUUGUAAAUGUUUGUCGAUUCUAUCUGAAAAUAAUGUUCUGCCACAUUUUUUGUCAUGAAUCAGCUCCUCCAACUAGCAUUUUUAGUGGCAACGACAAGAUAAAUGGUAGCGGGCGUGGCGCCAUUUUGUUUCUUGUCUGUAAUCGUAGCACAGUUAGCUUAUAAAGCUAGUCUAGUUAACUCCAAGAUAGUUGGGCUAGUUUAGCAUAAAGAAAUGAAAAUAUCUACAACCACUUAAAAACCCCAAAACAUAUUUUUUGUAAACACUGAGACUGCUAGUAGCUAGCACGAUAAACGCUUGUCGUUUAGCAGCCAUCUUGGAAAGGUACUGAGCUAGCUUCUAAAGGUUUGUUGAUUCUAUCUCAAAAUAAUGUUUUGCCAUAUUUUUUUGUCACGAAUCAGCUCCUCCAACUAGCAUUUUUAGUGGCAAUGACAAGCUAAAUGCUAACGGGCGUGGCACCAUUUUGUUUCUUGUCUCAUUGUAGCGCAGUUAGCUAAUAAAGCUAGUCUAGUUAACUCCAAGUCAGUUGGGCCAGUUUAACAUAAAGAAAUUAAAAUAUCGACAAGCUCUUAAAAACCCAAAAACAUAUUUGUUUGUAAACACUGCGACUGCUAGUAGCUAGCACGAUAAACGCUUGUCGUUUAGCAGCCAUCUUGGAAAGGUACUGAGCUAGCUUCUAAAGGUUUGUUGAUUCUAUCUCAAAAUAAUGUUUUGCCACAUUUUUUUGUCACGAAUCAGCUCCUCCAACUAGCAUUUUUAGUGGCAACGACAAGCUAAAUGCUAACGGGCGUGGCACCAUUUUGUUUCUUGUCUCAUUGUAGCGCAGUUAGCUAAUAAAGCUAGUCUAGUUAACUCCAAGUUAGUUGGCCUAGUUUAACAUAAAGAAAUGAAAAUAUCUACAAGCACUAAAAAACCCAAAAACAUAUUUUUUUGUAAACAGUGCGACUGCUAGUAGCUAGCGCGAUAAACACUUGUCGUUUAGCAGCCAUCUUGGAAAGGUACUGAGCUAGCUUCUAAAGGUUUGUUGAUUCUAUCUCAAAAUAAUGUUUUGCCACAUUUUUUUGUCACGAAUCAGCUCCUCAACUAGCAUUUUUAGUGGCAAUGACAAGCUAAAUGCUAGCGGGCGUGGCGCCAUUUUGUUUAUUGUCUCGUCAUAGCACAGUUAGCUAAUAAAGCUAGUCUAUUCAACUCCAAGUUAGUUGGCCUAGUUUAGCAUAAAGAAAAUAAAAUAUCAACAAGCUCUUAAAAACCCGAAACAUAUUUGUUUGUAAACACUGCGACUGCUAGUAGCUAGCGCGAUAAACUCUUGCCGCUCCGCAGACAUCUUGGAACGGUUUUUAACUAGCUUGUAAAUGUUUGUCGAUUCUAUCUGAAAAUAAUGUUCUGCCACAUUUUUUGUCAUGAAUCAGCUCCUCCAACUAGCAUUUUUAGUGGCAACGACAAGAUAAAUGGUAGCGGGCGUGGCGCCAUUUUGUUUCUUGUCUGUAAUCGUAGCACAGUUAGCUUAUAAAGCUAGUCUAGUUAACUCCAAGAUAGUUGGGCUAGUUUAGCAUAAAGAAAUGAAAAUAUCUACAACCACUUAAAAACCCCAAAACAUAUUUUUUGUAAACACUGAGACUGCUAGUAGCUAGCACGAUAAACGCUUGUCGUUUAGCAGCCAUCUUGGAAAGGUACUGAGCUAGCUUCUAAAGGUUUGUUGAUUCUAUCUCAAAAUAAUGUUUUGCCAUAUUUUUUUGUCACGAAUCAGCUCCUCCAACUAGCAUUUUUAGUGGCAAUGACAAGCUAAAUGCUAACGGGCGUGGCACCAUUUUGUUUCUUGUCUCAUUGUAGCGCAGUUAGCUAAUAAAGCUAGUCUAGUUAACUCCAAGUCAGUUGGGCCAGUUUAACAUAAAGAAAUUAAAAUAUCGACAAGCUCUUAAAAACCCAAAAACAUAUUUGUUUGUAAACACUGCGACUGCUAGUAGCUAGCACGAUAAACGCUUGUCGUUUAGCAGCCAUCUUGGAAAGGUACUGAGCUAGCUUCUAAAGGUUUGUUGAUUCUAUCUCAAAAUAAUGUUUUGCCACAUUUUUUUGUCACGAAUCAGCUCCUCCAACUAGCAUUUUUAGUGGCAACGACAAGCUAAAUGCUAACGGGCGUGGCACCAUUUUGUUUCUUGUCUCAUUGUAGCGCAGUUAGCUAAUAAAGCUAGUCUAGUUAACUCCAAGUUAGUUGGCCUAGUUUAACAUAAAGAAAUGAAAAUAUCUACAAGCACUAAAAAACCCAAAAACAUAUUUUUUUGUAAACAGUGCGACUGCUAGUAGCUAGCGCGAUAAACACUUGUCGUUUAGCAGCCAUCUUGGAAAGGUACUGAGCUAGCUUCUAAAGGUUUGUUGAUUCUAUCUCAAAAUAAUGUUUUGCCACAUUUUUUUGUCAUGAAUCAACUCCUCCAACUAGCAUUUUUAGUGGCAACGACAAGCUAAAUGCUAGCGGGCGUGGCACCAUUUUGUUUCUUGUCUCGUCGUAGCGCAGUUAGCUAAUAAAGCUAGCCUAAUUAACUCCCGAGUUAGUUUGCCUAGUUUAGCAUAAAGAAAUUAAAAUAUCGACAAGCUCUUAAAAACCUGAAAGAUAUUUUUUUGUAAACACUGAGACUGCUAGUAGCUAGCGCGAUAAACUCUUGCCGCUCCGCAGACAUCUUGGAAAGGUUUUGAACUAGCUUGUAAAUGUUUGUCGAUUCUAUCUGAAAAUAAUGUUCUGCCACAUUUUUUGUCAUGAAUCAGCUCCUCCGACUAGCAUUUUUACUGGCAACGACAAGCUAAAUGCUAGCGGGCGUGGCGCCAUUUUGUUUCUUGUCUGGUCGUAGCGCAGUUAGCUAAUAAAGCUAGUCUAGUUAACUCCAAGUUAGUUGGCCUAGUUUAGCAUAAAGAAAUUAAAAUAUCGACAAGCUCUUAAAAACCUGAAAGAUAUUUGUUUGUAAACACUGAGACUGCUAGUAGCUAGCGCGAUAAACUCUUGCCGCUCCGCAGACAUCUUGGAACGGUUUUUAACUAGCUUGUAAAUGUUUGUCGAUUCUAUCUGAAAAUAAUGUUCUGCCACAUUUUUUGUCAUGAAUCAGCUCCUCCAACUAGCAUUUUUAGUGGCAACGACAAGAUAAAUGGUAGCGGGCGUGGCGCCAUUUUGUUUCUUGUCUGUAAUCGUAGCACAGUUAGCUUAUAAAGCUAGUCUAGUUAACUCCAAGAUAGUUGGGCUAGUUUAGCAUAAAGAAAUGAAAAUAUCUACAACCACUUAAAAACCCCAAAACAUAUUUUUUGUAAACACUGAGACUGCUAGUAGCUAGCGCGAUAAACGCUUGUCGUUUAGCAGCCAUCUUGGAAAGGUACUGAGCUAGCUUCUAAAGGUUUGUUGAUUCUAUCUCAAAAUAAUGUUUUGCCACAUUUUUUUGUCACGAAUCAACUCCUCCAACUAGCAUUUUUAGUGGCAACGACAAGCUAAAUGCUAGCGGGCGCGGCGCCAUUUUGUUUCUUGUCUCGUCGUAGCGCCGUUAGCUAAUAAAGCUAGCCUAAAUUUCUCCAAGUCAGUUGGGCCAGUUUAACAUAAAGAAAUUAAAAUAUCGACAAGCUCUUAAAAACCCAGAAACAUAUUUGUUUGUAAACACUGCGACUGCUAGUAGCUAGCGCGAUAAACGCUUGUCGUUUAGCAGCCAUCUUGGAAAGGUACUGAGCUAGCUUCUAAAGGUUUGUUGAUUCUAUCUCAAAAUAAUGUUUUGGCACAUUUUUUUUGUCAUGAAUCAACUCCUCCAACUAGCAUUUUUAGUGGCAACGACAAGCUAAAUGCUAGCGGGCGUGGCGCCAUUUUGUUUCUUGUCUCGUCGUAGCGCAGUUAGCUAAUAAAGCUAGCCUAAUUAACUCCCGAGUUAGUUUGCCUAGUUUAGCAUAAAGAAAUGAAAAUAUCUACAAGCACUUAAAAACCCCAAAACAUAUUUUUUUGUAAACAGUGCGACUGCUAGUAGCUAGCGCAAUAAACGCUUGUCGUUUAGCAGCCAUCUUGGAAAGGUACUGAGCUAGCUUCUAAAGGUUUGUUGAUUCUAUCUCAAAAUAAUGUUUUGGCACAUUUUUUUGUCACGAAUCAGCUCCUCCGACCAGCAUUUUUCCUACCAACGACAAGAUAAAUGGUAGCGGGCGUGGCGCCAUUUUGUUUCUUGUCUGUAAUCGUAGCGCAGUUAGCUUAUAAAGCUAGUCUAGUUAACUCCAAGAUAGUUGGGCUAGUGUAGCAUAAAGAAAUGAAAAUAUCUACAAGCACUUAAAAACCCCAAAACAUAUAUUUUUUGUAAACACCGAGACUGCUAGUAGCUAGCACGAUAAACGCUUGUUGUUUAGCAGCCAUCUUUGAAAGGUACAGAACUAGCUAGUUUGGUUGAUUAUAUCUCAAAAUAAUGUUCUGCCACAUUUUUUUUGUCAUUAAUCAGCUCCUCCAACUAGCAUUUUUAGUGGCAACGACAAGCUAAAUGCUAGCGGGCGUGGCGCCAUUUUGUUUCUUGUCUCGUCACAGCGCAGUUAGCUAAUAAAGCUAGCCUGGUUUAGUUAGUUGGCAUAGUUUAGCAUAAAGAAAUUAAAAUAUCGACAAGCUCUUAAAAACCCGAAACAUUAUUUUUUGUAAACACUGAGACUGCUAGUAGCUAGCGUGAUAAACGCUUGUCGUUUAGCAGCCAUCUUUGAAAACUACUGCGCUAGCUUCUAAAGGUUUGUUGAUUCUAUCUCAAAAUAAUGUUCUGCCACAUUUUUUUGUCACGAAUCAGCUCCUCCAACUAGCAUUUUUAGUGGCAAUGACAAGCUAAAUGCUAGCGGGCGUGGCACCAUUUUGUUUCUUGUCUCAUUGUAGCGCAGUUAGCUAAUAAAGCUAGUCUAGUUAACUCCAAGUUAGUUGGCCUAGUUUAGCAUAAAGAAAUUAAAAUAUCGACAAGCACUUAAAAACCCCAAAACAUAUUUUUUUGUAAACACUGAGACUGCUAGUAGCUAGCGCGAUAAACGCUUGUCGUUUAGCAGCUAUCUUGGAACGGUACAGAUCUCGAGUUAGCUAGUUCUGUUGAUUAUAUCUCAAAAUAAUGUUCUGCCACAUUUUUUUGUCAUGAAUCAGCUCCUCCAACCAGCAUUUUUCCUACCAACGACAAGAUAAAUGGUAGCGGGUGUGGCGCCAUUUUGUUUCUUGUCUCAUCGUAGCGCAGUUAGCUAAUAAAGCUAGCCUGGUUAAUUCCAAGUUAGUUGGCCUACUUUAGCAUAAAGAAAUUAAAAUAUCGACAAGCUCUUAAAAACCUGAAACAUAUCUUUUUGUAAACACUGAGAUUGCUAGUAGCUAGCGCGAUAAACUCUUGCCGCUCCGCAGACAUCUUGGAAAGGUUUUGAACUAGCUUGUAAAUGUUUGUCGAUUCUAUCUGAAAAUAAUGUUCUGCCACAUUUUUUGUCAUGAAUCAGCUCCUCCAACUAGCAUUUUUAGUGGCAACGACAAGCUAAAUGCUAGCGGACGUGGCGCCAUUUUGUUUCUUUUCUCGUCAUAGCCCAGUUAGCUAAUAAAGCUAGCCUGGUUAAGUUAGUUGGCCUAGUUUAGCAUAAAGAAAAAUAAAAUAUCGACAAGCCCUUAAAAACCCAAAACAUAUUUUUUUUAAACACUGAGAUUGCUAGUAGCUAGCGCGAUAAACUCUUGCCGCUCCGCAGACAUCUUGGAAAGCUUUUGAACUAGCUUCUAAAUUUUUGUUGAUUCUAUCUGAGAAUAAUGUUCUGCCACAAUUUUUUGGCAUGAAUCAUCUCCUCCAACUAGCAUUUUUAGUGGCAAUGACAAGCUAAAUGCUAGCGAGCGUGGCGCCAUUUUGUUUCUUGUCUCAUCGUAGCGCCGUAAGCUAAUAAAGCUAGCCUAAAUAACUCCAAGUCAGUUGGCCUAGUUUAGCAUAAAGAAAUGAAAAUAUCUACAAAUACUUAAAAACCCCACAACAUGUUUUUUUUUUGUAAACACUGAGACUGCUAGUAGCUAGCGCGAUAAACGCUUGUCGUUUAGCAGCCAUCUUGGAACGGUACAGAUCUCGAGUUAGCUAGUUCUGUUGAUUAUAGCUCAAAAUAAUGUUCUGCCACAAUUUUUUUUCAUGAAUCAGCUCCUCCGACCAGAAUUUUUACUGGCAACGACAAGAUAAAUGCUAGCGGGCGUGGCGCCAUUUUGUUUCUUGUCUGUAAUCGUAGUGCAGUUAGCUAAUAACGCUAGCCUAGUUAACUCCAAGUUAGUUGGCCUAGUUUAGCAUAAAGAAAUUAAAAUAUCUACAAAUACUUAAAAACCCCAAAACAUUUUUUUUUUUGUAAACACUGCGACUGCUAGUAGCUAGCGCGAUAAACGCUUGUCGUUUAGCAGCCAUCUUGGAACGGUACAGAUCUCGAGCUAGCUAGUUCUGUUGAUUCUAUCUCAAAAUAAUGUUCUGCCACAAUUUUUUGUCAUAAAUCAACUCCUCCGACCAGCAUUUUUCCUACCAACGACAAGCUAAAUGCUAGCGGGCGUGGCGCCAAUUUGUUUCUUGUCCGUAAUCGUAGCGCAGUUAGCUAAUGAAGCUAGCCUAAUUAACUCCAAGUUAGUUGCCCUAGUUUCGCAUAAAGAAAUGAAGAUAUCGACAAGCACUUAAAAACUCCUAAACAAAACUUCUUUUUUUUUUAAAGCACUGAGACUGCUAGUAGCUAGCACGAUAAACUCUUGUCGUUUAGCAGCCAUCUUGGAACAGGACUUGAGCUACCUUCUAACGAUUUGUUAAUUAGAGCUCAGAAUAAUAUUCUGCCACAAUUUUUUGUCAUGAAUUAUCUCCUUUCACCAGCAUUUUUACUAGCAACAACAAGCUAAAUGCUAGCAGUUAUUAUUUGACUUUGUAUUUAGAAUGUAGUCGCGCAUUUUGCUGAUGAUUUAGCUUAGCAUAACAAGAAAAUUAUCUGCCAGCAACAAAACACUAUUUUCUGUGAACAUUGAGACCGUUAGCGGCAAAUAGACGUCUUCAAGAUUUUGAACUGUUAGCGACAACAAGCUAAAUGCUAGCAGUCCUGAAAGCAGUUUGCGUCUUUUUUGGAAUCGGCAUGUAGCUGAUCGAGCUUGCUAGCCUAGCUUAGCAUAAAGAAAGAAGUGAUUUAUCAAGACUUUGAGUGUAUUCUUUCAACAUUGGGCAGCCAUCUUGGAGAGGUCAUGCUAGCUAGCGUGAAAAAUAUUUUUGAUUGUGGCUCAAAAUUCUGUUUAAAAUGACAAUCUGAAACUUGUGAACAUUUGUAGACGUAAAUUAUCUCCCACCAGCAUUUUCCCCUGCAUUUUUUUCUACUUAAAACAACUCGCGGUUUUUUUACCCAUUUUUUUUAAGCUAGCUGCUAUAGCAUCCAAAAUAAUAGUGGAAGACAACAUUUUUAGUAGCCAAACAUGCUCAUUUAAAAGACUUAUUGCAAUUCAACAUUUUACGGGAAAAUGCUAAAUGUGCGAUUGUCUGUUCAAGAAGUUUAUGAGCCCCAUUUUGACCAGCUAACUGUUAGCUUGUAGCAUGCUAAUCUCGUAACCUACUCAUUUUGCUGCUUUUGGCGUUGUUAUAAUAGCUGUAACCCAUGACAAGAUUUUAGAUUGAAUUUGUUAGCGACAACAAGCUAAAUGCCAGCACUUAAGUUUUUUGUAGCAUCUAAAAUAAUAGCGGACGAAAAAGCUUUAGUAGCCAAAUAUGCCAAAUUUAACAUUUUUACGGAGAAGAUGCUAAAUGUGCUAUUGACGUCUCUGUCGUCAGUUCAAGAAGUUUAUGAGCCCGAUUUUGACAAGCUAACUGUUAGCCUGUAGCAUGCUAAUCUCUUAACCUACUCAUUUUGGUGCCUUUGGUGCUGUUAUGUUAGCUCUAACCCAUGACAAGAUUUUAGGUUGAAUUUGUUAGCGACAACAAGCUAAACGCCAGCACUUUGUUUCUUGCAGCAUCUAAAAUAAUAGCGGACGAAAAAGCUUAAGUAGCCAAAUUUGCCAAAUUCAACAUUUUUACGUAGAAGAUGCUAAAUGUGCGAUUGACUGUCGUCUGCUCAAGAAGUUUAUGAGCCCCAUUUUGACAAGCUAAUUGUUAGCCUGUCGCAUGCUAAUCUCGUAAUUUACUCAUUUUGGUGAUUUUGGCGUUGUUAUGUUAGCUCUAACCCUUGACAAGAUUUUAGGUUGAAUUUGUUAGCGACAACAAGCUAAAUGCCAGCACUUUGUUUCUUGUAGCAUCUAAAAUAAUAGCGGACGAAAAAGCUUAAGUAGCCAAAUUUGCCGAAUUCAAAAUUUUUACGUAGAAGAUGCUAAAUGUGCGAUUGACUAUCGUCAGUUCAAGAAGUUUAUGAGCCCGAUUUUGACAAGCUAACUGUUAGCCUGUAGCAUGCUAAUCUCUUAACCUACUCAUUUUGGUGCCUUUGGUGCUGUUAUGUUAGCUCUAACCCAUGACAAGAUUUUAGGUUGAAUUUGUUAGCGACAACAAGCUAAAUGCCAGCACUUUGUUUCUUGCAGCAUCUAAAAUAAUAGCGGACGAAAAAGCUUAAGUAGCCAAAUUUGCCGAAUUCAACAUUUUUACGUAGAAGAUGCUAAAUGUGCGAUUGACUGUCGUCUGCUCAAGAAGUUUAUGAGCCCCAUUUUGACAAGCUAAUUGUUAGCCUGUCGCAUGCUAAUCUCGUAACUUACUCAUUUUGGUGCUUUUGGCGUUGUUAUGUUAGCUCUAACCCUUGACAAGAUUUUAGGUUGAAUUUGUUAGCGACAACGAGCUAAAUGCCAGCACUUUGUUUCUUGUAGCAUCUAAAAUGAUAGCGGACGAUAAAGCCUAAGUAGCCAAAUUUGCCCAAUUCAACAUUUUUACGUAGAAGAUGCUAAAUGUGCUAUUGACUGUCGUCAGUUCAAGAAGUUUAUGAGCCCCAUUUUGACAAGCUAACUGUAGCCUAUAGCAUGCUAAUCUCGCAACCCACUCAUUUUGGUGCUUUUGGCGUUGUUAUGUUAGCUCUAACCCUUGACAAGAUUUUAGGUUGAAUUUGUUAGCGACAACAAGCUAAAUGCCAGCACUUUGUUUCUUGUAGCAUCUGAAAUAAUAGCGGACGAAAAAGCUCAAGUAGACAAAUUUAACAUUUUUACGUAGUAGAUGCUAAAUGUGCGAUUGACGUCUCUGUCGUCAGUUCAAGAAGUUUAUGAGCCCGAUUUUGACAAGCUAACUGUUAGCCUGUAGCAUGCUAAUCUCGUAACCUACUCAUUUUGGUCCUUUUGGUGCUGUUAUGUUAGCUCUAACCCAUGACCAGAUUUUAGGUUGAAUUUGUUAGCGACAACAAGCUAAAUGCCAGCACUUUGUUUCUUGUAGCAUCUAAAAUGAUAGCGGACGAAAAAGCCCAAGUAGCCAAACUUGCCGAAUUCAACAUUUUCACAGAGAAGAUGCUAAAUGUGCUAUUGACGUCUCCGUCGUCAGUUCAAGAAGUUUAUGAGCCCCAUUUUGACAAGCUAACUGUUAGCCUGUCGCAAGCUAAUCUCGUGACCUACUGAAUUUUGGUGCUUUUUGCGCUGUUCUGUUAGCUCUAACCCUUGACAAGAUUUUAGGUUGAAUUUGUUAGCGACAACGAGCUAAAUGCAAGCAAUUUGUUUCUUGUCUGUAGUUGUGCGUGUAGCGGAUUAGCUUAGCAUAGCAUAAAGAAAGCCCUCAUCCAACGCCACUUAUCUCUCGGAAAAAAACAUUUUCUGUGAACAUUGAGAAUUCUACAAGCUUUUUUUCUGUGCGUCGUUUGAGUGUCUUCUCCCACAUUUUGGCAGCCAUCUUGGGAAGGGCUAGCUAACCUUACAAGCCUAUGUUGACAAUGGUUAAAGAAAACACCUGUUCAAAUGCCUUUUCUGUGACACCUGUGAACAUUUCUCGACGUUAUUCAUCUCUCACCCACAUUUUUCCCGCCAUUUUGUUCCUACUUAAACAAUUUGCUACCCAAAAUUUUAUGCGUCGUCAGACCUCAGCUAGCGCUACGUUAUUUGACGAAUAAUGGACAAAUCAGCAGAAACAGACAAGUAUAUUUUAGUGGAUGUUUGACAUUUUUACGGCCAACGUACAAAUUAAGGUAAAUGCGCCAUGCUAGCUGUUAGCCUGCAUGCUAGUCAUAAUGCUAAUCCAGUGCAUGCGCGCAAAGCUACAGUGCGUUAGCAUGGUUUACGCACAUGUUAAAAUGUUGAUUGUUUGCUGGGUUUCUGGCGCGUUGUACGUUGUUAGCAUUUUGGUGCUGUUAGCGCAUAGCACCGCCCGUUUUUUGGGUCCGGUUGGCGUUAUUCCGCUGUAAGGUGUACCCCGGUAAAACUGAUUAAAAAUGGUUUCAAGUGUG